UCACUUCUCACAACUACACGGAAGUCAGUUGUUUGUCUGUUCGUAGUAUUGUUUGAUUGGUGUUUCUGGCAUCGCUCGAGUUGUAGCAUUGGUUAAUCCCAGAUAGAUUCCAGGGUAUCUGGAAAUAAGAUGUCUCGCCGACAGACACGAUCGACAAGACAGUCAUCGGGUAACGUUAAAGAGACGUUAUUGAGUAUUGAGCCGACCGCCAGGGCUCCUCUAAAGAGGACCAGAAAAGCGUCAGAAAACCAAGCUCCUGUUGCAGCUGUCAAUGGCUCCAGAGAUGUGGAGAACGCCUCAGAUGAUGAAGUGUCCCCUAACAAGAAGAGCCGGCUGCAGACUGAAGGAGCAGGGGGAGGCAGUGGUGACGACAAUGAGAUGGAUAUCCAGGAAUCAGCUGAAGUCCUGGAGGAAAAUGAAGACCAGGAAAUGGAUACUGGACAGGAUUCCUCUCAUGACACCCCUCAACCAAAAAUAUGCAAAGGCGCCCUUGGAGAUGUGAAUUUGGACCCUUUUGUAGUGCUUGGUGAGCGCUGCCGAUCCAUUCAUGCUGUAAAUGAAGAUGCUGACCGGAUGAAAACCAAGACGGUAAAAUCUUCAACAAAAGCAACAGUACCCCUCACCAAGUCUACUAUGCAUGUCAGUUCACAACCAAACAGACAAGACGUGCUGAGUUCUAAGACCACCAGCAUGGCGGAAUACAAGAGGACAGUGGAGGCCAAAGCCAAGAACUCUGGUACACCUACAGUUAACCACCAUGUCCAAAGCGGGUAUACAGUCUCAGAGAAAUCCUACACAACGCGACAACGUGUGAAUAACAUUCUGACACACAAAGAAACUGUGACGCCCCACAAAAAAGAAGGGAUAAAUAAAGCUGCUGUUAUCAAGAGAAGCUCUGGAUAUUCCUCUAGAGGAUUCAUGUGGUAUUUCUGCAGCUUGGUUCUCCUGGUGCUGCUCGGCGUUGCUGUCUUGCUGGCAUGCAAGACCAUCCCUACACUCCAAAGGCCUGCAGAUGAUGGAAAGCAUCCAUCUGGGGUUGUGAAGUCAGACAAGUUUGCAGAUCACUUGUCUCUUCUUGAGACUCAGUUCCCCAGGCAGCGGCCUGAGGUGUGGAAGAGGAGCAAGAUCCACCUGGGGAAGCACCUCAGAACAGCCCAGCCCACAGAGCCAGUCAGUCUGAUCUUUACUUCUGGCCACAGGGCUGAGAAGACACUGCACUGCCUGGCUCAGGGGCUCGCCUCCUCCUUCUCAUCUGCCCUCAACGCCUCCGUCCUCCACAUUGAUGGAACGAGUAAAGCAGGCCAGGACAGCAAUGAGGUGAAGCUGGACAUUGACAAUCAGUUACGAGCAGCCUUUGAAGGAGACAAACCUGCGGCUGUCAUUCAUCGCUUCGAAGAGCUGCCUCCAGGCUGCACCCUAAUCUUUUAUCGCUACUGUGACCAUGAGAACGCCGCAUACAAGCAGGUGUUUCUGCUGUUUACUGUGCUGCUGCCUCAAGAUGAGGUCAGGGAUGAUCAGAGUCUGAAGGACGUGGAGGAGGUGGUGCAUGACUAUGUCAAGGAAAGGCUGGUGGACUCCAGCAGUCAGACUGCCUUUGAUGAGAUGGACACUGACAAGUUUGGGGGACUGUGGAGCCGCAUCUCGCAUCUUAUCUUGCCUGUGGUGUCUGAGACAGAAGUAGAGCAGAGAGGAUGCAGAUGAAGCUGGCAUCAAACUGGAAGUCUGGUUACCACUUUGGACCAGCUUGGAUCUUCUUGGCACUGUGCAGGAGCUACAAAACAGAGAAGUAAUGUAAAUAUAACAUGUGUGCUGUUAUUCUUCACAUAUAGACUUGAGUUCAGGUGUUUGAGGGUUGUAUUCAUCUCUCUCUCUCUGUGUCAGAGAUGAUGAUGUAUUCAAGCUGCAGUCCAAUAUUACUACUCACAAUAUGUCCAGCACUGAGUUUUUACAUAUAUGUGUACAUGUACAGACUUUGCAUGAGGAUGUAACAUGGUUUUGCAUUAUCAAUCCAAUUCCAAAGAUGGGUAUGAAAUGCGUAUUUCCAUGCAGAUUUAGAGUACAAUAUACAAGGUAUAGAUUGUUUAAUUUCUUUUCUCAUAAAUCUGUACCAACAGCGCUUUGUUCAACAGCGUUUUAGCAGACAUUUCCCAUCUAAGAAGAGUUUUUGGUGUUUAUUAAGCAUGGUUCCUUCUUUGGAAAUAACAGAAAAUGUUUCAUUUUUGUUCUAGGUGGAAAUUAAUAUCUCUUGUUCUGUUUUAAAUCUCCCAGACAACUGAUGGCUUGCUUGUGUACAUAAUUGUUCUGUUUUGCACUGAAAGUGUUUUUUGUGUUUGAUUUUGCUUUUGACUAUCCAUCUUACGAAGAGUACUGGCUUUUAUUACGACAAAUAUUUUAUAUUCUUUGUAUUUUUCUGAAUGUGUAUAUUUGUGAAAUGUUGUCUCUUUCCAAAAUAGGACUAUUUUUUCUAUGGCUGUAUAUAUUUAUAUUGGAUAUAAAAAGGUUUGUGCUUUGCACCUGUUUGUCAAGAAACCACUGAAAUGUACUUACAAUAUUGUGAACUUAGAAACAUACAGGUUCUCACUAAGUGAAUUUGUAGAAUGACUAAAUAUUAGCCAGCCAGUCACAAAAUGUGCCUUAAAAACUCAUAUGGAGAAUAUUAGACUAUAAUUGAAAAGUACCAACACACUCAUCAAUCGUUUGAUAUUGUUUCUCGACAACAUCAGAAUCCCAACAAGGUUUCUUAUAGCUAUAUUUUUAUGAUUUGUGUGUUCUGGGAUUACACUCAUUCCUCUUCUGGCAUCAUUCUGAAAUGUAUUUUGUUUUGCUCACAUGAAUACAUUUUCAAUAAAGAUUAUUUUGAUAACUAGACGAGUUAAUUGUCUAACCCAUGGAA